UGAAGUGCGCACACCGGAAAUCAUGGAGCCGGGCAAGAUGGCGUCCCCCAAGAGCACGCCAAAAGAUGCCCAAGUGAUGGCUCAAAUUCUGAAGGAUAUGGGCAUUACAGAGUACGAACCAAGGGUUAUCAACCAGAUGCUGGAGUUCGCCUUCCGCUACGUCACCACGAUUUUGGACGACGCCAAGAUUUACUCGAGCCACGCCAAGAAACCGGCGGUGGAUGCGGACGAUGUGCGGCUGGCCAUCCAGUGCCGGGCCGACCAGUCGUUCACGGCGCCGCCGCCGAGGGAUUUCCUGUUAGAUAUUGCCCGGCAGAAGAACCAGACCCCGUUGCCGCUGAUCAAACCCUACUCGGGCCCCCGGUUACCGCCGGACCGCUAUUGCUUAACAGCGCCCAAUUACCGGCUGAAGUCCUUGCCCAAAAAGAUGCCGGCCCAGGCGGGAAGAAUCACGGUGCCCCGGCUGAGCGUGGGCGCAGUCAGCAGCAGGCCCGGCACCCCAACCCUGGGCGCUCCCUCGUCCGCGCCCGCAGUGGCCGUGGCUGCCGACGUUGCGACCCCGCUGUCUCUGGCUGGCCAGAGGUUCACGGUGCAGAUCCCGGCGUCGCAGAGCCCAGCGGUGAAGGCCGCGAUGCCCGCGACGCCCGCCGUGCAGAACGUCCUGAUUAACCCCUCCCUCAUCGGGUCCAAGAAUAUCCUCAUCACGACCAAUAUGGUGUCCUCGUCGUCAUCCUCGUCAUCGUCUUCCUCUUCCUCGUCCUCCUCCUCCCAGAGCACCCCCGCCGAAUCCUCAAAUCCAUUGAAAAGAAAACACGAAGAGGAUGACGACUAUGACAAUUUGUAAAGGCCUGAUCUGAUGAUGUCAGAGGCUAAACAUCUUCAGUUCAUUCAACUAUCCUCAUAUGACAUGGACUCUUCACUGUCAUUCUCUUUGGACAAUAUCCUGCUUACCAGUGCCCUUCCUGAACUGUGGUGUCUUGGUGAAACCUAGCUUCUGCCAGGAUUCUUGAUAUUACUGACGCUUCCUGAAAGUGUUUCCUUUGAAAAAAAGUAUCCAAUUUCUUUGACUCUUUUCCUAUCCUUCACAUUUUCUCAUUUGAAAAAAUAAGCAUUCCUUUUCUCAGAAGUAGAUCACCAUCUGACUAUGGCCAAAGUUAUGAACACCAUUCAAAUGAAUUUCUACAAAUGCUUCUCACUGUCAACCACAUCAUGUUCUGGGUUCAUUGAAAUUAAAAUGAAACCUAAGCAGAAACCACAGCAACCCACUUUUGAAAGAGAUGUUGGUAGUGAUAUAGAGGUGAUCCUUUUUUUUUUUUCCCCUUAAAGCAAUGAGUAAACAUUUUGGCAGAUCUGGGAAGGCUUCAAGUAUGUCCCCAGAAAUAAACUUUACCUGCUGUCUGAGGACUAGCCCAGCUAAAUGCAAAAGAGGAUCAUCAUAAAAAUAUGACGCUCUAUCCUAAACAGCAAACGUGCUAUACAUGUGUAAUAAUGGGAAAGGGAUACUUUUAAGACUCAGUUCCUAGACUGCUUGGACAAUUUAAGUCUGCAGUUUUUGUUUACAAUAAAUAAUACUGGAAGAACUGAAAUAUCCAUGGGCACAUUGUUAUUACAAGUGUAAGCCAGAAGACAAAGUUAUUGAUUAAAUGAAGGCUGGUUCCCAGCUUCCCAGGGAUUUGUUUUGUCACGUACCCAAAGGCAACAAGGAAGGUCAUUCUGUGAAUGUGGCCUUAGAACUGUUGUUCUUCUCCCCCAACUAGGGAGAGGGAAAAUUACCUCAGGUUGAAAACCUGAAUUUUAGGCAUUAAAGAGAAAUGGAUUGUUAAAAGCAGAGUUAUAAAAUGGCACAUAUCUCUCCUUUGGGGAAUAUACCCCAAGGAAAUAAUUUUUUAAAAAGUUAUUUUAUAAAAAUUGUCAUAGUAUUGGUUAUAAAAUUGGAAACAGCCUCAAUAGCCAACAAUAGGGGAAUGAUUCAAUAGACUAUGGACACUAAUAUACCAGUAGUUUGCAUUUAGAUAGCACUUUAUAGGGCACUUUCUUCAGUCUAGUGACACAGGAAAUGUAUUGUUACCCCAUUUUACAGAUGACCAAACAGGCUUAUAAAUGUUGAGUGAGUUGCCUUUGGUCAUCCUGCUAGUUAAUGUUAGAUCUGGGACUUCAAGAUCUUUUGGUUUUAAAUUCAAUGUUCGGUCCCUUAUAUGAUAAUUAUGUAUUGUAUAUUGAAACAUGCAAAUGGUGUAUGUGAAAUCAUGUUAAGUUAAAAAAAAUACAUGAUACAAUUAUUCAAAAAUGUACAUAGGUUUACAAAGAAAAUAGGGAGGGAAGAUGACAGCAUGUUCAUUCUCUUCUGUAACGUUGCUUAUG